AUGCAAUACAAAGGCAUCAACAGAAUGACAAGAGAAAAAAUACUUAGCUCUGAAGAAUUCAAGAAUAUGAGGUCAUUUACAGAGCCGGAUGUGGUUGGAAGCAUCUGCUCCCUGAAUUCUAUAGGGGGGCUGAUCAAAGGAAUACCUCACAAGUUCCUAUGUCUUAUUCAGAAGAUGGGUGCAAUCUCUAUGAAGGAGGAAGUUGUUGCUACAAGUCUAGAGGACCUGAGACCUAGUGAACCCGGGCCUUUGGAUUCUUCGAUGAAGGUAUUUCGUGGGAACGUGUACUUUAUAGCAGCCUCUCUCAUGUAUCUGAGGCUUUCCAAGAGGUUUCAUGAAUACAAGCCUUUGGUUAGAUCAUUUCUCAUGGACUUCAGAAAGAUACCUAUCAUUGAUGGACAAAACAAUAAGGAGUUUAUUUAUCUUGAUGUCUUUGCUGAUGAUCUGCUUAACAAAAAUAGGAUAUUCAAUGUCCAUUUAAAUAGAACUUGUUAG